AUGGAUGAUGGGUGUGGUUGUUAUCAUAAGGAUAUGAGAGAUUUCGUUGAGCUCGAGGAUCAAAACGAACGACUUCGGGCUCAAAACUUGCGGUGUACAACGCAGUUACAAAUGCUUCGAAGUUUUACGGAAAAAUCAAGAAAGAUCAAAGCAGAAAUGGAAAUGAGCAGAAGUAUCACGGGCACUCUGCCGGUCCUACGUGACGAAAACCGAACAUCAGAUGACAGUGGACUUACUUCUGAUGAUACGGAUCGGAAACAAAUGAGUGUAAGCAUAUCGGAAUGCACUCCCAGAGUUCAACGGAAAGCCAACCGAACCAUGUUGAAAAACACGUCUCAAGGGUCUUCCACAUCAGAAUCAUCGCCUUGUGAAGACGAGGCGAAACCGAUGCCUUUGCCUAGGAGGGUUCAUCAGACAACUACGGAACGAGACAGUUUGAAUUCAUACGCAGAGGACUAUGAAUAUGACAUUGAAGAGUCUUCAUUCGAGAGAGCUGAAGAAGGAAUUAGGAAUGAGAACGAGAAAUACGCGGAUUAUGUGAAUCUUCACGAGUUCGUUGCUAUCAAAGAUGACAAAGUAGUGUAUUCUGAAAUUGUGAAGCAUCGAUCCGUUGAAAAAGAGUUCUUACCUGCUCUUCCAUCCCACCAACCGAGACAUUGGGAGGCACGAUUGAUUCAAGCAGCCGAGAAAUGUUUGUCUGUUGUGGAUGGAGCGGAUUCUGAAGGAACAUCAACUGGACCAUCUGUUUCUCCUUAUCAUGUUUCUGACGUUUCGAGAAUUUCAUCGAAUAACAGGACAGAAUCACCUGGAUCCAGGAAGUCGUCGAAGUUAUCCAGAAACUCCUCUCCACGAGUACCAUCUCAUCAUUCUUAUGAGGAUGGGACUGCCUACGCGAUUAGAGAUUUAUGUCUAGGAAGUGAUUAUUAUACCCCACCGGAUGCAUCUGCGAGAUAUUCUGCUGGCACACCAAACUCUCGAACAUCCUUGAUUCCAUCCAGGGAGACGAUGGAGAAGGCUGGAUAUUGGACACAUUUAACGGAUAGUCGAAUAAAAUCGUUGAAGAGGAGAUAUGUGAUAUUCAAAAAUGGACAUAUUAGUUUUUAUCGGAAACAUGGAAAUCGAGAUGAAGAACCCGUCACAAAAAUCAACAUUGCCGAUAUUCGUUCUGUUUCGAAAAUUGAACAACAAGGAGCUGCCUAUGCAUUCCAAUUGGUUACUGCUACUGACAAGAUGAAUUUUAUGACGGAAAGUGAGAAGACAACACACGACUGGGUCACUAUUCUAACAGCUGCUAUCAAAGCCACAACACUUCGAGAAAUGGCGAGUCGAGUGACACCAAUUGACGCCUCGAUAAGUGGCUGGAUGACACGUGUCAAGUGUGGACUCUCGAAAAAAGUGUUCGCCGCGUUGGUUAAUCAGAAAUUGAUGUUCUUCAAGAAUUCCAAUGACUUGGUUCCGAAUGGAUUUUUGUGUUUACAAGGAGCCCAGAUAAGUGAGAAACAGAAUGGAACUGAAGAGUAUUCUGGAAGCAGUGAUGAACAAUUGGAGACGACAAAAGAUCAUCCGAAUCAGAGGAAGAAUAAUGAUAGUCUGUGUGUCCAGAUUGCGAAUGCGGACCCUGUUUAUUUGAUUUUACGAACUUCUGAAGACAAGGAGAAAUGGUUGUACUUCUUGAAGUCUGCAAGUGGAUCUGCUGCUCUCUGUGGAACUACUUUUGAGAUUCUUGUGCAGAGAAUGAUGGCUGAAAAUGUCGGAAAUGAUUCCCCACUUUGGAAAGAUCUUCUAUUUACAUCUGGCGAAGAGAUACCAAAAGACACAAUGACUUCGGUAGAUCCAAGCGAGCGGAAGAAGACUCUGGAGAUAGCAAGAGCCUGCCAACUAUUUGUAUCAGUCUUGAUGCGUCCUCAAGCUACUCAAUACCAUAUUGACCUGGCUCAGAAUAUACUGUCAACUGCCGUUCAACAAGAGUAUUUGAGAAAUGAAGUAUACUCUCAGCUUAUUAAAAUGACGAGUGGAUCUAUGCCAUUUGGACUUCAAGGAUGGAAACUGUUGGCUUUGACGAUUCCAUUGUUUCUUCCAAAGCAAUAUUCUUUAUUGUGGCUUUUGAAGAAACACAUUUCAAGAUGGGUUGAUCUACCAAACGAAUCUGACGAAACUCGAAUGGCAAUAUUCUGUGAAAGUGCAUUGGAUCGAUGUCUCCGAGUUGGUGGAAGACAAGAAGGACCGAGUCGUUUAGAAGUAACAUCUGUCCUAACAAGAGAUGUCACUCGAACGAAAUUCCCUCAUUCGAUAUCUGUAAAACUUCCGAACUCCGAGUAUCAAAUUGUGGAGUUUGAUGGAUCCACUGAAAUCGGUCAAUGUCUUUCUUCUCUUUGUCUAAAACUUGGAAUGCGUCCUGCUCUACUCUCUGGAUACGCUCUCUACAUGAAUGACCCUCUCACUCACAGUCUUUUGCUCCUGAAAGGAAAACAGAAGCUUUGUGAUGCCCUAUCAACCUGGGAAACGCAUUCUAGAGACGCUCAACGUGGAAGGGUUUCGAAUGAUUGUGCAGCAGCACUUUCUCUUCGAAUGAGACAUUAUUGGAGUCAUCUGAAGUCAACUGAAACUCCGAUUGAACGACAAUUUUUGGUAUGGAGGGCUUCCGAGGAAAUUGUGAAUGGAAGGAUACCAUUGAGUAAUCAAUUAUGCGAGAGUUUGGCAGCUCUCUAUGCACAAAUGGUGUUUGGAGACGCGAAUCUUUCAUUAUCCGAUCAACAAUUCGAUUUUAUUGGUCAAAGGUUUUAUCCGGCGAAAAUGUUGGAUGUGGCAUGUAUUAAGAGUCUGAGACUCCAAAUCAAUACUAACUGGAGUGAACUUAUCGGAAUGAGCGAGCAGGAAUGCGUCCGUGUGAUUCUCCAAGUGCUCAACAAAUGGCCAUUGUUUGGAUCAGAUCUCCAUGAAGCAUCGAUGAGAACUGACAACGAACGAAAGAUCUAUUUGGCUCUCAAUGAUCAUUCUGUCAGUUUGUUGGAUAGAAGACACUUUGACGUCAUCCGCACUAUCCCAUACAGUAGUCUCUCUACAUUCGGACAGUUUCAACAAGAUUUCAUGCUUACCGUAAUCCGUCCCCUGACUCCUGGAUCUCAUCCAGAUGAAGCUCCAAAAGAAAGACUGACCUUCUCAAUGCAAAAAAAUGAAAUUGAACAACUCACUCUUCAUCUUGCAGAAUACAUUAGAUGUCAGAAACUCGUUUGGAAAGUUUCAAAAUAA